AUGCUGCGGGGAGCUGUGCGUGCUGACGGUGCCCCAGGAAUCGGCGUGGGACUGGUUGGCUUCGGCCUCUUCUUCCUCCUUUUUGGGAUGCUCUUGUACUUUGACUCAGUGCUCCUGGCCUUUGGGAACAUCCUCUUCCUCUCCGGCUUGGUCUUCAUCAUCGGCUUCAGGAGGACCUUCACCUUCUUCUUCCAGCGGCCAAAGAUGAAGGGCACCAGCUUCUUCCUUGGAGGGGUCAUCAUUGUCCUCAUGCGGUGGCCGCUCCUGGGCAUGCUGCUGGAAGCUUAUGGCUUUAUCAACCUCUUCAGGAGUUUUUUCCCGGUGGCUUUUGGGUUUUUGGGCUCGCUGGCAAACAUCCCCGUGCUGAGCAAGCUCUUGCAGAAGGUGGGAGACAGCAGCUCCAUGGUGUGA